AUGCUUAGAAGAUCACAGGGACCACCUACUCACGACCUCGAUCUCGACAUUGACCGCACUCUAAGGCGAGUGAGGAGACUAUUUGUUGAACAAACGGGCGAGGAGGAGGAGUUCUUUGAUUCUUCUAGUGAUAUUUCUUCAGACAUGGGGGAUGCCAAUGGCGCUCUUUUUGGUGACUUUGGUAAUCCGGGUAGUCAUGAAUUGCAAUGUGGGAUUCUACUUCCUACAACGGAAACAAAUUUCACGAUCCACCCGCACUACACUCAAAUGGUGCGUGGAGAUCAAUUUUCUGGAGCAGCUCAUGAAGAUCCGAUAGAGCAUUUGGACAAAUUUCUCGAGACAUGUGCUUUAAUCCAAACCAACCAAGUCACUCAAGAAUACAUCCGGAUGCACCUUUUUCGGUAUUCGCUCACAGGCAAGGCUUAUAGGUGGCUCAAAAACCUAAAGCCCAGCUCGUUGGCCACAUGGAGAGACACGGCCAAAGCUUUCUUGAACAAGUUCAUUCCCGAAGACAAAUCAACCGAAUUGAGGCAGAAAAUUUCAUCAUUUAGGCAAGAAAGGUAUGAAUCUUUGGGGGAAGCUUGGGACCGGUUUAAAGAGUAUGUGAGAGCUUGUCCACACCAUGAGUUUGACAAGCAACUUCUCAUCAAGUUCUUCUAUGAUGGUCUUGACGACAUACCCAAGCAAAAUUUGAAUUCCGGAUGUGGUGGAAAUAUUAGCAAGGUGCCUCAAGCUCAAUUGGAGGACACCAUAGAGGAAGUUGUGAGGUACUAUUCUACGAGUGGUGGAAGAAGAAGAGGUGAAGAGAGAGCUUCGGGCAAAUUCGAGCUUGAUCAAGGUUCACUCAAGGCUCUUAUGGAACAAGUCAUUGACAAGAAGCUGGGAAAUAGCCAAGGGUCUUCAUCUUCCUCCACCAAUCAAGUACACUCUUUCUCUUGUGAGAAUUGUGGGGGUACCAACCAUGAUAUAUCAUAUUGUGGUGGUCGAGACCCCGAACAUGUAGCGGCAAUGGGGUACAUGAACAAUCAACGUGAUAAUUGGAGAGCCCCCAAUGCCAAUUAUGGUAAUAGAUUUCAAGAUGCAAGUGGCCCAAGCCACAACACGGGUCAAAUGGCUCCCUUUCCAAAUCCAAAUGCUAGCAAUCACCCUAGAGCACCAUUCAAGCAAGGACCACCCAACCAAUUUCAAAAUUUCCAACCCAACCCUUCCAUGCAAAAUGACCCUAAUCAACAAAUGAUCAUGGAAACUCUCAAUAGAAUCCAAUCAAGCCUAUCCGCCAUGGAUCAAAGAAUAACCAAUAGUGAGCGAAAAGCGGAUCAAAGGCAUCAAGAGGUCACCGCACAUCAAAAGAUGAUGGAUAAUCAAGUGGCUCAACUCGCCGAGAGGGUGACCAAUCUAGCCAAUGAGAAGCUCCCGGGCCAACCUACUACCAACCCGGCUACCACCCAUCAUAUCAAAGCUAUCUCUCUUAGGUCCGGAAAGUCUUAUGAGGGGCCUAGGAGUGAUCAAUCGGAGCACAACAAGGAGGGUGAAGAGCAAGAGGUUGAGGAGGUCCAUGGAGAUAACCAAGGUCAAAGAAUUGAGAAUAGUGUUGAAGGAGGCAUUGAGAAGAAGAAGGGUGAAGGUAGUGAAAAGAGUAAGGAAGUUGGGAAAGACAAGCAACCAUCAACAUCUUAUCAACCAUCAAGGUUUGAACCACCACCGCCUUAUCCCGAGAGGAUUGUUGAGAGGAGAUUGAAUGACAAGUACAACAAGUUUAUGGCUAUGCUCAAGUCACUUCACAUCAACAUUCCAUUCCUUGAAGCCAUGACUCAAAUGCCACCCUAUGCAAAAUUCCUCAAGGAACUCCUCUCCAACAAAAAGAAGCUAAGUGAUGAGUGUAUCACUCUUCCUCAUCAAGUUAGUGCCCUAGUGCAAAGAACCUUGCCUACCAAGCAAUGUGAUCCGGGAAGCUUCACUCUUCCGGUCAAGAUUGGUGAUAUGGAGACCACGGGUGCACUAGCCGAUCUUGGGGCAAGUGUGAGCCUCAUGCCACUAUCCAUUGCAAAGAAGCUCAAGUUCGAGAUGAUACCUUCAAGAAAGGUGAUUCAAUUAGCCGACCGGUCCACAAAAUUCCCAUGCGGUGAGUUAGAAGACGUUCCUAUCAAGAUUGGGAAUUUGUUUGUGCCUUGCGAUUUUGUGGUGAUGGAUAUGGAGGAGGACCCUCAUACUCCUCUUAUCCUUGGAAGAGAGGCACUCAAGACCAUGGGAGCGGUCGUCAAUUGCAAAGAUAAUACCAUUACAUGUGAGGUGGCCAAUGAGAAGUACAAGUUUGAAUUCUCAAAGACUUUGAAGCAACCUAUGGUAGAGAAGAUUUGGCGGGUGGACUUGGUGGACUCCGAACUUGAUGAAUUGGUGAAGUCUCAUGAGGUAUUUAAAGACAAGGGUGAUGAAGACCUCCCUGUGAGGAGGUGGGUGAAGGAGAAUCUUUGUGUGCCUUGGAGGUUGAAAGCCUUGAAGGUGAAACUCAUCCCGAGACUCAAGGAGCCGUGGAUGAGCUCCCAUCGAUCCAAAGUGAGUCUAAGGAGGAGAGUUCCACGCCUCCUCCCAAGGUAG